AUGUGUGGUCUUGCGGGUGUCUCUUUUUUAUGCUCUUGUCCGGGCACCAUCCCUUCAGCGGUGAUCCCGGUGGUCGCUUGGUGCCGUCGGUCUCGCGACACGAGCCACCAGAGCCCGACUGGCGGAUGCUGCCUUCUGCCUCCUCUGCCUCGCUUUGCGCGCAGAUGCUAUCCUGGGACGUCAAGGCCCACGGUCUUGAGGGAAUAUCACGGACAACGGCUCGAACACAUAUUUGUAAUCUGGAACUGGUAG